CUAGCUUUCAUUUAUCCUCGCGAAUGGUUACGCAAGGUCAGAACGAUGAUGUGUGUUUACAGAGCUCGUAACCGAGUCCGCGGGGUAUGCUGGUGCUACUGAUAUAUAUACUAGAGGACGAUGCCUGGGCUUGAGGCGAGAGCUUCAUUGUAUCCCAAUUGACACUUAAAAUGCGAAGAGCAAUCUCCCUCCUUGCGGCUUCAGGCCUGCUGAGCUCAGUGCUCGCCGCUCCGGCUCCAAACAGAGUCAAGCCUCGCCAGGAAUCUGCUGUCCAAUUCUUCGACAACACCAACAAUCCCACCGCCACUCCUUUUGGACCGGCAGGUGCUUCUGGUUCUCUAAGAGGUGGGCCUGAACUCAGAGGUCCCAACCCUACCAACGUUGUCAACUUCAACGACCCCGCCGUGGUCCCAUCUAGCGCUUACUCUGUGCUUCCUCUCCAAACCGCGGAUGCAGACACUGGAUUCUACCUCGAUCUCUCGCAAGUCGAAAACCCACAGCCCAUUCGUGGCAAUGGAGGAAAGUCGCCGACCGAUCCUGGACCGAGGAACAGAGAGGUCGAGAAGCAGAACCCAGAUUUGUUCAUUCCCCCAGGCACCGACGCAGGCGAUGUCUCAAACGCCAAAUGGCCCCUUGGUCUUUCUCACAACAGACAUGGAUUGAAUGGCGCAGGCUGGGCGAGACAGCAGAAUGUCAAUCAGAUGCCCAUCGCCAAGAACAUGGCUGGAGUUGAUAUGCAUCUUGAGCCUUAUGCAUAUAGAGAGUUGCACUGGCACCAAGCCAACGAGUGGUCAUACAUCUUGAACGGCUCCGUUCGCCUUAACGCCGUCAAUGAGGCCGGCGAGACGACGACCGAUGACCUUCAAGCUGGCGAUGUCUGGUUCUUCCCUGCCGGAGUGCCUCAUAGCAUCCAGGCACAUGAAUCUGGUGUCGAAUUCCUCCUUGUCUUUGACGAGGGUAGCUUCAGUGAAGACAACACCUUCCUCUUGUCUGAGCUUUUCGCACGUAAUCCCAAGUCGGUUUUGGCCAAGGACCUCCGUGUCGAUAUCUCCGCCCUCGACCAUAUUCCUCAGGAUCAGCUGUACAUCUUCAAUGGCACAGCUCCUCCAACAAACGUAUCUGACCCCCUCAACAACAUCACCGGUCCUGCUGGUGUCAUCCCUAACGACAAAUCUUACACAUACCACUUCUCCGAGCAGAAGCCUUAUGAAGUCCAGGGCGGCAGCGUAAAGAUCAUUGACACCCAAACCUUCCCCGCCGCAUUCGACUUCGCCGUCGGUCUCUUCACGAUCAAGCCCGGUGCCAUGCGUGAGCUCCACUGGCACACCACGUCCGACGAGUGGGACUUUAUCAUCAGCGGUCAAGGCCGUCUGACCGUGUUCCAAGCACCACAGUCAUCACGAACUUUCGACUUCCAGGCUGGUGAUGUUGGCUACGUCCCUGUAGUCACUGCCCACUAUCUGGAGAACACUGGCACUGAAGACUUGGUCUACUUGGAAGUCUUGCAGGCGCCGAUCUACAAUGAUAUCAGUGUUGCUCAAUGGUUGGGCUUGACACCUAAGCAGGUCGUGAAGGAACAUCUUGGCUUCAGUGAAGAUACACUUAACCGUCUGCCUAAGAUUAAGCCUUUCAUCUUGCCUGGAGAUACGGACUUGAGUCAGACCAACUUCACCUCUGAGGCUGAGUAGAUAAUGGCUGGAAAGCGAUCGGACGACAGUAGAUCUGUCCGACACAAACAAUUGCAGAUGAGCCAUAAUAUGCAAUGCCCUGAUGGCUAGUUGAAGAUGUACACACCCUUCGCCGUGACUGUAAAGAG